AUGGCGAGUGCCAAGACCAAGGUGACGCUGGUGUUCGCGCAUGGCGGAGGGUUCUGCAAGGACACUUGGGACCCCAUCGUGCGUCGCCUCAACGAGUCUCAAGUGAUCAAGGACGUGCCGACGGAGUUCGUCACGUUCGACUUCCCGUACCACGGCGACAGGCACGACCCAGCGGCGUUGCAGGCGUUCGAGGCGCACGACCUGGUCGGAUGGGUGGCUGAGGCGGUGCAGGAGCAAGUCGCAGAGUGGAAGGAGAAGACCAAGAGGGGGGACCCCGAGGGCAAGGCGCAGCAUAAGCUCAUUGGUGUCGGGCACUCUAUGGGCUCCGCGGGGCUCUGGGCCACGGAGGUGGCGCACCCAGGGACCUUUGAUGGGCUCAUUCUGUUCGAGCCUGUGCUGGCCCAGAACUCGCCUGACACCGACUACAUGAUCAACUUCAUGGUCGGUCUCACGCUGCAGCGAGCGGCCUCGUGGCCCUCUCGGGCUGCAGCUGAAGAACACUUUUACAACCUCAGGAACUUUGCCAAAUGGGACCGUGAGACUCUUGCUGGAUACCUGCGAGGAGCUCUCGUUGAGGCCGUGGACGGUACUGUCACGUUAGCCUGUCACCCGAACAUUGAGGCGUCGCUGUACUGCCAGAAGCCGCUGUGGUUGACGGAGCACGAGCUGCAGCAGCCCAAGUGCCCCAUUACGUUCCACUGGGGAAGUCGCUCCAAGAUGUGGUUCCACGACCGAUUCGAGGCUCUACAGAGCAAACUUCCGCACAUUUACACCGUGAGGGACCCCAUGGAAGGCAACUCGCACGUGCUGGUGCUGGAGAACCCUGCAUUGGCUGCGGAGAAAAUUGCUCAGGACCUGACAGAACUGGAGCCAUACACUACUGAGGGCGAGUCGAAUGCAGGAGGAAGCUCGCCAUGAGUUGGAGGGGUUUACAGUUAAUCCGGACAGGAGGCUGACAAGUUGGAUAUUAACU